AUGCUAGGCAUAGCACAAAAUGUGGUGAGCAAGGUGACCUCGGCGGUCGCCACCACUGCUCAGCACAUUGAGGGUGAGCUCAGCCUCUUCACUAUGUCCGACACCAAAAUAUUAGAGCUCAUUUAUGCAACCCACGUCCAUGAGGACGACUCCUUUGAUGUUGAUUCUCUCUUCCUUGUCACUGAAACCAUCAUCAAGCAUUCGACCCAGAUCGUUGAUAGCAUUGUGCAGGGCACCCAAGUACAUGUUGAAACCAUUGAUGAGAAGCCCCCCAAAGCCACCUUCAGUUCUCCAUUGUGCACUCUCAAGUCCAUUGGCUGUGAGAUGUCAUGCAAGCCACCAGGUGAAGAAAUUGCCCACAAGUCAACCUUGGCAAUACUCAACAAGCUCUCAACUUAUUCAUGGGAAGCCAAGGCAGUGCUGGCCUUUGCAGCAUUUGCUUUGGAAUAUGGAGAGUUCUGGCUCCUUGCCCAAACUCAACAGAGUGACCUACUUGCUAAGUCCGUCGCAAUCCUCAAGAGAGUGCCAGUCCUUCUCAAGCCCACGGACCUCCAGAAGCGCAGGCAAGCUAUUGUCGAACUCAACGUCCUGAUCAAGACCACAUUGCAAGUGAUUGAGUGCAUCUUUGAGCUUGAGAAGCUUUCUGCUUAUGAUCCAAAGGAUGUGCCAGCAUUGGCAAUUGCAAUGGAUCACAUACCGGUCGAUGUCUAUUGGUCUAUCAUAACUAUUUUUUCUUGUGCAACUAAGAUCACCCUUCUAACCAGUGAUGAAGAGAAGCCAUAUGAUUUGUCCCAAUUUGCUCAAAAAAUCCACUACAUCCUCAACAAGCUUAAGAUACAAUUGUUAAUCUGCAAAAAACAGAUAGAGGAGGCGGAGACGUACCGGAAGCUGAGGAAACUUUUUCAGACCCCUGCCGAAGUUAUGGAGGUUUUCAAGGCCUUGAUUUUCACUAAGGAUACCGUGCAGCCAAUUAUUGAUGGUUCGACUAACAAAACGGUUAGCAUUGAUGUGCUGAGGAGGAAGUAUGUGCUUUUGUUCAUUUCCACCCUUGACAUUUCUGAUGAUGACAUUUCGAUUGUCAAACCAGUUUAUGAGGGGACAAAGAAAGACGAUAAGUAUAAGAUUGUGUGGAUCCCUAUUGUGGAGCAAUGGACUGAUGACCUACGAAAGAAGUUCGAGGUCUUGAGGGCCAAGAUGCCAUGGUACACUGUGCAGUAUUUUGCGCCUGUAGCCGGCGUCAGAUUCAUCAAGGAGGAGUGGCACUUCAAGGGCAAGCCCGCUGUGGUAGUGAUGAACCCGCAAGGCAAGGUGGAAAAUACGAAUGCUCUCCACUUGAUUCGGAUUCAUGGAAUGAAGGCAUUUCCUUUUCAUAAGGGAAUAGAAGAUACUCUCACAAAUGACAAAGAAUGGAUCACUCCCAUUGUGAAUGAUAUUCACCCAACCAUACAGACCUGGAUCAAAGAGGAGAAGUACAUCUUCUUCUAUGGAGGCAAAGACAAUGACUGGAUCCAGCAGUUCACAAAGAAAGCAACUACCAUUGCCAAUGACCCCUUCAUCAAGGAAUUGAAGAUCAAUAUUGAGCUAUUUUGUGUUGGCAAGAGCCCGAAAGGCGGAGAAGACCUUGGAAUUCUCGGGAGAUUUUGGAAUGGAAUUGAGAGCUUGUUCUUCACCAAAGUCAACAAGCAAACUGACACUGUGACCAAAGAAGUCCAGAAGCUGCUUUCCUACAAAAAUGAGGGUGGAUGGGCUGUGCUUACUAAGGGGUCCACUGUGGUGGUGAGUGGCCAUGGCUUCACAAUCUUGAAGGUCCUUGACGACUUCGACACAUGGAAGAACUUCAUAAAGGAGAAGGGCUUUGAAUUCUCGUUCAAAGCAUACUACGAGAAGGUGAUUCAGACUAUGAGGCACUGCUGCCGCCUUGACAUCCCGAGCGUUGCUGGAAAGGUCCCGGAGACCAUGAAAUGCCCAGAGUGUCCUCGCACCAUGGAGACAUUCGUGAGCUACAAGUGCUGCCACACUGAUUCUCCCAUCAACGCGCAUCAUUGA